UGCAGGCCCAUUCCCCGCUGUAUAAAUAUGGACUGCAAGUUACGUGAAAGCGGUUACAGAAAUUGCCUUGGAAGUACCUUUUACAAUGCCGAGACCACAGAAAAUGGUCUCGUUUAAUACUUUGUAUGAUUUAUUCAUAGUAUUUACUUAUUGGUUGCCUGCCACUGAAUCAUGAUUUCACGGGGAAGGAAAAAUCUCAAUCUUUCCAUUUUCGAGCAAUUAAUCCAGUUUGAGCUUUUCUGUGCGUCAUUGACACAAAUCAUAAUUGUCUUUUUGUUCCUGUUUUGUUGGAAAGACUUCAUUUUCCAAUUGCUAAAAGUAUUCCCAUAAAAUGUUGGGUAGUUUUGAUUUUAGCACUUUUUACUGAGUCUUUAUGGGCUUGAUGACGACGUCUAAUCUUGAGAAGUUGAAGAGGCCAAAAGUGCCGGUAAAUGAUCUUACAGCGUGGAAAUUGAUCCAGUCUCGGGAAAAUGUUCACCAAUUAUUGUUGUUGUAUAACUUUCGAAAGUAGCACCAGUUUCGUGCCUGUUUCUGAACAGCGAUUAAGCUUGAAAGGACUGAUGGUUAUCUGUUGAUAUUCGAUAACAUUAUUAUAAACAAAGAAAAAGUGUUCUCAAUGUCCCUUUGAUACCACAAUGAACGAGUAUACUCCAUUAGCCAGUUCAUCUGAAUUAGGGGCCUCUGCAAAACUUCGUCAGCUUUCUUUUUCUAUAAAAAAA